AUGGCGAGUUCUUCGAGAACAAAAUCUAUUGGACCAGUGCAUCGUUCUUCUCUCUCACUUUCUACCAAGUUCUGUUCUUAUUCGACCUCCAACGCACCGUUUCAUUCGCCUUCAUCAAGUUUCUUCGACAAGCCUCACUCGCACGUGCCGCACCGCUCCACCUCCCCCACACGUGUCAACGUAUUUAGCACGGCGCCAUCUCCCUCCGUCCGGUUUGCCCUCGACCGGUCUGUCUCUCCGAGUCGGUCCGUGUCGAGCCACGUCAUCGCGAAGAAGCACAACCGCCACGUCACCAUUCAGAAGAAAACAUGCAUGUGUUCUCCUACGACUCAUCCCGGUUCGUUCCGGUGCAGUCUCCACAAAAACAAUAACCACCAUAUGUCGGCCGGCUCGUUCCCGUCGAAUCGGCUCAACAUGCGCCGGUCCGCGAUGAAGAACUCGCUCGUCAGAAUUGGAGGCGUUGAAGGCGAGUGGGUUAAACGCGCCCUUACCGCGCUGAUUCGUCCUUCAUCGCAUCAACAGAGGCGACGAUCGGCGUUCGAACCGAGACCUAGUCGUCUCUCCAUCAUGUCCAAAUCUGAAGAUCUGUGA